AUGCCUGCGCCACGCACCGCACGUACCCGCCGCCUGCGGCACGGCGUCCCGGCGCUCCUGCUCCUCCUGCCGCCGCUCGCCACCGCCCUCGCCUGCCCCACUCUGCCCCCCCGACUCCUCACCUUCCCCGGGGACGGCCUCCGCCUCCUGCAGGCCACGGCUCCCAGCCCCACCCAGCCCUGCCAACACGACUGGGACGACGCACCCGACUUCCCCGGCGCCGUCCUGAACACCACACACCCGCAACAAGCCGCGCACAUCGCCCUCCACAUCCUCCAACACCUCUUCACCACCUUCAGCAGCUCCAGCAUCCCACCACACUGGGACCAACAGGCGCUGCACACCCUUCGCAACCAGCUCGACCACUCCAUCCACCACCUGAGGAGAUGCCUCAACGACACCCGCAAGCUCUCCCAAGGACGGGGGCCCCGCAACCACCUGCUCGCCCUCCACCGCUACUUCAGCAGACUCCAGCUCUUCCCCGGCACCCACCACCACAGCGCCUGCGCCUGGGACCACGUCCACAACCAAGCCCUCCUCUGCUUCCAACACGUCGACACGCUCCUACGCCGAAGCAGGAGCCGAGACGCGUCUGAGCUCCACCAGACCCAUCCAGCCCCAACGCCCGGCCCCAGCCGCCGCCAGCCGCCACGGCUCAGCACCGCCCACAGCGCUCCCAGGCACGAGCCCGCGGGCACACGGCCGUGA